AUCUGCAGAAAGGGAAGAGGUGUAUUUUCUGCCCUGGAGAUGAAGUAUCCUACAUGUGUUUUCUUAAGUUUAGUGGGUCUCCUGACAGUAGCUGUGAUUCCCCUGUCUUUGGGUGAAAUGUACACGUCGCUGCUGAACGUAAAGCAGGCGAUCAGUGUUGAACGGAAGCUGAUCGAUUACUUGAAAACUUACAUUGACCGUGAGUUAGAGAGACUGGAGGACAUCCAACGCUUUUAUGCCAAAGUAUCAGAACUGCACACUGAACUGUACAAAGGCUCGGGGACUGCAAUGGCAAACCCGCUGGUGGCAUUCACCCUGAUCAAGCGGCUGCAUUCAGAGUGGCUGAAUGUAGUCUACAGCAACGAAGCCCUGGAGAACACACAAGCCCUCAGGUCCAGUUACGAGAAGGAAGAGGCCGGUCUGCCCAAACUAGAAGACCUCCAGGGGGCCGCUAAGGGGCUGAUGAGACUGCAGGAUGUGUAUGCUCUCCAAGUUGCAAGCCUCGUAAGGGGUCGUUUCCAGAGAGUCACGAAUGGCAAGCCUAUUGAUAUCUAUCUGCCUGCAGUAUCUGUCCCACUGUCUGGUGAUGACUGCUUUCUGGUUGGAAAGGUGGCCUACGAGCAAGACGACUACUACCACUCAGUGCAGUGGUUGGAGGAGUCGGUGCGUCUCUUCCGGGGAACAGGAGGCGAGUGGAGCCCUGAGAAUGAAGGGACUUUAGAAGAUGCUCUGGAUCACCUGGCCUUUUCUCACUUUAAAACAGGAAACGUCUCAUAUGCUCUCAGUCUAUCUCAGGAGUUACUGCAUCACGAUCCAAUGAAUGGAAGAGUUUUGCAGAAUGUUGAGAAAUACGAGAAGCUGCUGGUUACAAGUCCACACAAAUCAAUGAGGGGCAAUGGGCUGAGGAGACCCACCUCCAAAUAUUUAGGCACCAGGGACACUUAUGAGAGACUCUGCCAGACCCAAGGCUCUCAGCAGCCAACGCAAUUUGAAAACCCCAGACUAUUCUGCGACUACUUCACUAACGGCAAUCCUGGACUGAUACUGCUGCCAGCAAGACGUGAAGUGCUGAGCUUGCAGCCGUAUGUGGUCCUGUACCACAACUUCAUCACUGACACAGAGGCUGAGGACAUCAAGGGGCUCGCCGAGUCAGGAUUGAGACGGUCUGUGGUGGCAGCUGGAGAGAAACAAGCAACAGCAGAUUAUCGCAUCAGCAAGAGUGCAUGGCUGAAGGGCUCAGCACAGUCCACUGUUGGGAAGCUGGAACAAAAGAUCUCCAUGCUCACUGGUCUCAAUGUGAAGCAUCCAUAUGGCGAGUACCUCCAAGUGGUGAAUUAUGGUAUUGGUGGCCAUUAUGAGCCUCACUUUGACCAUGCUACAUCACCUUCAAGUCCUGUGUUCAAGCUGAAAACUGGGAAUCGAGUGGCAACCUUUAUGAUAUAUCUCAGCUCUGUCGAGGCAGGUGGGUCCACAGCCUUCAUCUAUGCCAACUUCAGUGUUCCCGUCGUGGAGAAAGCAGCCAUCUUCUGGUGGAAUCUUCAUAAAAACGGUCAAGGAGACGUAGACACGCUACAUGCUGGCUGCCCUGUGCUUAUUGGGGACAAAUGGGUGGCAAAUAAAUGGAUCCAUGAGCAUGGCCAGGAGUUCCAACAUCGCUGCAGCCUGAACCCUGAAGAGUGAGAGGGGUGGAGCGCUAGCUGGGCCCCUUGGAGUACAAGAGCCAACCUCUACAAUUGAGAGGCACACUUGCAGGCAGAUAGAAGGAGGGAGCCAGAAAAUGAACAUACAGGCAGGGGAGGUGAGAGCUGUUAUGGGGCAGCCUGCUUCUAUGAUUGGACCUCCGGGCCCCAGGGAGCCUAAGCACAGUACAGUGCUGCAGUGGACAUGGAUAGCAGAAGGCUGAGAGUAAGAGAGGUAAAAGAGGAGUGGGGCAGUCGACAAUCACUCCCCAGAGCCCAAAUGGUCUUCUGCUGCAGAUGGAGAGAGGCCUCUGCCUUCGCACACUGUGCUGGUUUCAAGGCGGUUUGCCUCGUGCUUCCUUAAAAACGGACUUCUUAUGUAACGCUCUUCCGACACUGGGCAAACUCUAGGGACUGCCAUUGCAAAUCAACACAGCUGAACUUGGUACAUACCUUCCAAGCUUUAUUUCUAAUGUGUGGAUGCAGAAGUUUACAAAAAAUACCUAAUGUGCCUGGCUGAAUCACUGUGAAAUGGUGCACAAUGUAUCUUAAAAUGUCUGUUUAAUGUUAUGUUGCUGCCAAAAAUAAAUGUUGUUUUUAGAUUUGAA